CACCCAGCGAAGGAUAGAGAGAGAGAGAGAGAGAGAGAGAGAGAGAGAGAGCUGAAGAAAGGAAGCGUAAAAACCCAACGCUCCAAUAAAAGUCUCUCUCCCCUUCGCCUUCGCUCAUUUUUAUAUUUCUUUUAGAGUUUUAGGUGCUCCUUCGAUUUUUUUUCAUCUUUCCGGUGGAGUUCUUUUCUAGCACCGACUCUUGGAAACUACUAGCGGGGGGGCAUCAAAAUUUGGAUCCUUCUUUCUAGCAGAUCUCAGCUCUGGCCAGAAAACCCUAGGGCGGAUUCGGAUUUACGGUUCUUGCUCCCUUUUCCUUGUCUUUGUUGUCGCGAUUUCAGAUACUAGGGUUUUUAUCUAUGGCGGCGGCGAUGGAUGGGGAGGGUGGCGGCUUGCAGGACCCAGGCGUCGGUGAUGGGUUCGGAGGACAGGAUGACGGGGUUGCAGAUAGAGCUCAGUUUGAUGCUUCACAAUAUGCAUUUUUCGGAAAUAGUGUCAUGGAGGAAGUUGAGUUAGGGGGAUUAGAAGGUGACGGUGGUGGUGCCGAUCGCAGCUUUGUUGGGAUUGAUGAUGAGGAUUAUCAAUUUUCUCUCCUUGGGGAUAGAGUAGAAGAGGAAGAUCUUAGUGCCACAUCUGAUAUUUAUGAGCUUGCCAGUACCUUUUCCAAGUUGAACAAGGGUACUGUUGAACCAUGGAGCACAGGAGUAAUUGGUGAAAGGGGUUCUUUUUCUAGGGAAAGUUCAUCAACUGCAGAAUGGACACAAGAAACAGAGUUUUCAAAUUGGCAAGAUCAGCAUAUACGAGAGACUGAAAGUGUCCAGGAUGGUAAAAGGUGGUGGUCACAUCCACAUCCGCAAGCAGGUCAAUUUGCAGAUUCCAGACCACUAUACAGAACAUCUUCCUCUCCUCAACAGCAACCUCAGUACCAAUCUAGCGAACCAAUCCAUGUACCAAAAUCUUCUCAUAUGUCCUUCCCUUCACAUGUUGCAGCCUCACAGUUUCCCACAAAUCACACACAUCAUGGAAUCGCCUCUUCUCCUACUUAUGGCCUCCAGGUGCCUUGUUCUCCGCCAAAUCCCUACCCUUUCUCCCAAAUUCGUCCACCAGCAGCACACGGAUCACAUUAUGAUGUAAACAUGUCUCAGUUUGGCCCACCAGGACUCUCAAGUAAUAGCAGGCAACAGAAUCAUUGGUCAGAACGACCUAGUCUCCUUUCAUGGGACAAUCCAAAUAUGAUAUCUGAUGUGACCCAGCGUCAGAGGCCUCAUGUAAACAAUCCAAUUCCUUCUCAACUGCUGACACAACAGCCGCAACAUGGAAUUCACCAACUUUUGCCUUCAAUUUCACGAUUCCCCCACAUGCCGCCUCAGCAGUUCCACCCUGGUCAUUCCCCACCACAGAUGAUAAAUAGGUUUGAAGCUGUGCUUGGGAUGGCUGAUUUCAGAGACCAGAGAUCGAGACCAAUUUACAGAGGGAGACAGAACUUUGGGCUUCCUCAACAGUAUUCUGAUGUUGGCAACCAGAAGUACAAUGGGUGGUCACGGUUCCGUUCAAAAUGCAUGACAACUGAGGAGCUUGAAAACAUUUUAAGAUUGCAGCAUGUUGCAACUCAUAGUAAUGACCCCUACGUAGAUGAUUACUAUCACCAAGCUUGCCUAGCAAAGAAAUCUGCUGGAUCAAGUCUGAAGCACCAUUUCUGCCCAAAUCUCACCAAGGAUUUGUCUUCUAGAGCGCAUUCCAAGGAUGAGCCACAUGCAUAUCUCCAGGUUGAUGCUCUCGGGCGGCUUUCCUUCUCUUCAAUUCGUAGACCUCGUCCUCUUCUUGAAGUUGAAACACAAUCAGCAUCAGUGGAUAACAUCCUUGACCAGAAAUCUGCUGUAAAACCUCUAGAGGAGGAGCCUAUGUUGGCUGCUAGAAUCACCAUCGAGGAUGGCCUCUGCCUUCUACUCAAUGUUGAUGACAUCGAUCGCCUAUUACAAUUCAGCCAGCCACAGGAUGGUGGUUCCCAACUUAGGAGGGAAAGAGAAAUUCUACUUCAAGAGCUUGCUGCAUCACUUCAGCUGGUUGAUCCACUUGGCCCUGGUAAAUCUGACCACCCCGGGCUGGCACCAAAGGAUGAUCUUGUGUUUCUUCGCCUAGUCUCUCUGCCAAAGGGCCGGAAGCUUCUUUCGCGGUACCUACAACUUCUUACUCCGAAUAGUGAGCUCGUCCGGGUUGUCUGCAUGGCUAUUUUCCGUCACCUGAGAGUUCUGUUUGGGGUUAUGCCAUUGGAUUCUAGUUCUGCAGAAAGUAUAACCAAUCUUGCAAAGAAUAUUUCUUCAUGCAUACAUGGCAUGGACAUUAGUGCACUCAGUGCUUGUCUAGCUGCUGUGGUUUGUUCUUUGGAGCAGCCACCUCUUCGUCCGCUUGGAAGUUCUGCUGGUGACGGUGCUUCCAUCAUUAUAAAAGCCGUUCUCGAUAGGGCGACACAGCUUUUGACGGACCAAAAAAAUGCUGGCAAUUACAGCAUACCUAGCUGUAACCUGUGGCAGGCAUCGUUCAAUGCCUUUUUCGGGCUUCUCACAAAGUACUGUCUUAGUAAGUAUGAAAGUAUAAUGCAGUCUUUAUCCAUGCAGUCUGCAAAUGCUGCUGUUGCUGGGUCAGAGGUCACCAGAGCUAUAAGCAGGGAGAUGCCAGUGGAGUUGUUACGAGCUAGUCUUCCUCAUACUAAUGAGCAUCAGCGUAAGCUGUUACUUGAUUUUGCUCAGAGAACCAUCCCUGCCACCGGGCAGAAUGCUCAUGGGGGAAGCAACGGGCAUUAAACUUCCCAAUCACCGCCAGGUCAAUGUGUUGCCUGUCACAUAUACGAUGAAGUACCGUUUCAUUUGUGAUCUGCCAUUAAGAUACCAUUGCCACCUUUGCUCUUUCAUUCUGGCCUGAGCAGAAGACAAGUCUGUUGUCUAAUGGAAAAAAAAAGAAGGAAAAGACCUGAGCAGAUUCGCAAGGUCGUAGUUAUGCUUAUAUUGUUUUAAUUUGCACUUUGGCUUUUGUAUUUGGAAACAUGUAGUCCCUGCCUUCAGAUAUCACGCCAAGAUGCAGUGGGAGAUUGACUGGAGGUGUUCUUGUGGGGAGCUUAUUUUGGUGCUCCGUAUUGCAACUCCAGACAUCUUAUAGGGAUAGGAACUGUACAAAUUCCGUGGUUCGAAGCCUUUCUUUACGGGCCGGUCUUCAAGGAUCUGGUAGAGCCUGUCUGCAAGAUGUAGCAUCGUUUUUAUUUUGUUUAAUUUCUUGUCAUGUUGGUUGGCUGAGGGAAAGUUCGUUUUAGCUACGUUGACUGACCUUCAGCAGUAGUUGCUGCUUCUAUUAUUUUUUUGAUGCAACCGCUAGGAGUUCAAAUGCUCUUUGGAUUUUAAUCCUUAAUUGUAAUGCGACUACAAGAUGUUUUAACAUUCUGUGUUAUUUACUUUUGAUUCGUCUCAAA